UUAUUAUUAUUAUACACAUUUUUUACUACCCGAUUUUGGGUUUAGGGAGCUUCAAAUUUUAGGAUUUAUGCUUUGAGUUUGUCAAUUACUCCGAUUACAGGUUUCUUAAUUAAGUCCCCAUCAUACGUUUGCUCAAUUAAUAACUAAAUUGUUUAUUGCAUCAAAAUCCAAUUUCUAUUCCGAAUCUUUAGAUUUUGUUAUACUCUUUUGAAAUACAUUUAUGUAGGUAUAUUUUUAGGUUUUUUCAAAUCCAAUGUGUAUAUUCAUUCAGAUUUUGUGUUAUUGUGUCUUAUUACUGUGUGAGUUAUUAUUUUUGUGAAAGAGAUAGGAUUCUUAUUUCUUACUACAUGUUUAGAGUGAGUUUGGAGGAAUCACGGCAUGCCAUCGUGAUUUUGUCAAAAACUACACUUAGGAGAUUCAACAAAAUCACAGUGUCACAUGCAAUUUAGUCAAACACACCGCCAAUCCAAUGAUUUUCAUAUCUUGAUGUGAUUGUGAAUGCUAAGAUGUUGUGUUAUAUACUUUAGAAGUUGAUCAAUUGAGUGUGUUUUUAACAGAUUGUUCUCCAGAUUCAUUCUUGAUGUGUAUGUUGUACCAAACAGUAAAAAACAUUUUUUUCUUUCAUUGUUUACAUUUUGGCCUUUGGUAGCAAAACAUGCCUGAACCUGGCAAUUUCACGCAUGAAGCUGUUACAAAACAAGCGAGAUAUUCAACUCAAACAAAUGCGAAAGGAGAUAUCUCAAUUUUUUCAGGCUGGCCAAGAGCUGAUUGCUAGAAUUCGGGUGGAACAUAUUAUACGAGAACAAAAUAUAUGGGCUGCAUAUGAAAUAUUGGAGUUAUUCUGUGAAUUCGUCCUUGCACGUGUGCCUAUAAUUGAGAGCCAGAAUGUACAUAUGCAGCCAUUAAGUUAUUUGCAUUUUGUGUUGUAUGCGUAUGUUGAUGUUGGCUACACUGAAAGACGUGCCACUCCUAAUUGCAACAUUGGAUAUAUGAUUGAAAUGAUUUUAUUGAGGCAAAAGGCAUUCACUGAUAUCCCAUGCUUUGAAUUAUUUUCAGCACUUAUUCACUUAUUUCAAUUUAGUAAGUAUUUAUUGUACACCACACACUAAAUCAUUUUUAGUCUUGAAAAUAUUUAUUUUCAGUCUGAGUUUUCAAACAGUCACACAUUUUUUUGUACAAUUUUUGAGCAAACUGUUUUACUAAUCAAACUCUAAG